GUCGUUUGCAAGAUGACAGGUGAGAGUUCGCAAGCUGGGAGAUGGACAGAUGCAUUUGCUUAAGAUAGCAACAGGAAAGAAAACAUGGAUGCAGAAAACUCUGUCAAGGAAAUGGCCGUCAUUACAGGAGGAGGCGGUUAUUUCGGUUUCCGUUUAGGUUGUGCCUUGUCCAAAAGAGGAGUGGACGUGAUUCUCUUUGAUGUCUCCAAGCCCGUUCAAGAGAUGCCAGAAGGUGUGAAGUUUGUACAGGGCGAUGUCCGGCAUGUCUCUGAAUUGGAAAGAGCUUUCCAAGGCGUGGCCUGCGUCUUCCACAUCGCUUCCUACGGGAUGUCUGGCCGGGAGCAGCUGAACCGCAAACGCAUAGAAGACAUCAAUGUGAGAGGAACCGAGAAUGUCAUCCAAGCUUGUAGGAAAACUGGUGUCUCGAGACUGGUUUACACAAGCACGUAUAAUGUGGUAUUUGGGGGCCAAGUAAUCGAAAACGGGAAUGAGUUGUUGCCUUAUCUACCUCUCCACCUUCACCCUGACCACUAUUCAAGAACCAAAGCUUUAGCAGAGAUGAGGGUUCUGGAAGCCAACGGGACCCUGCUUGGAGAAGGACAAGGGAUUCUGAGAACUUGCGCCCUGAGGCCCGCUGGUAUCUUUGGACCUGGAGAACAAAGACACCUCCCAAGAAUUGUUAGCUACAUUGAACGGGGGUGGUUCCAGUUUGUGUAUGGGGAUCCCAGCAGUUUAGUGGACUUUGUACACGUAGAUAAUCUGGUUCAAGCUCAUAUUUUAGCAGCAAAGGCGCUAGGAGCCACCCAGGGAUACGUUGCAGCAGGUCAGGCGUAUUUCAUCUCAGACGGCCGGCCUGUGAACAACUUUGAAUUUUUCCGCCCCUUAGUGGAAGAUUUAGGCUAUACAUUCCCGACUCUCCGCCUGCCUCUUUCACUCAUUUACUUCUUUGCCUUUCUCACCGAGAUGGUUCAUUUUGUGGUUGGGCGGUUGUAUAACUUCCAGCCCCUCCUAACUCGCACAGAGGUCUACAAAACUGGUGUCACACAUUACUUCCGUCUAGAAAAAGCCAAGAAGGAGCUAGGCUACAAACCCCAGCAAUAUAACCUCAAAGAAGCAGUCCAGUGGUUUAAAGCCAAGGGCCACGGUUGGAAGCCCCAAACAUACGCCCCAAAACAUCUGCUUAGAGAUAUAGUACUUUUCCUGUUGUUUGCCACGGUGGCCCUUUCGUGGUUGCCCAAAGCAGUGACAGGACUGGAGACCUAAAAGCAAGACGUUCAAAAUGGUGCUAAAUUUAGAAUAUGUCAGGAAUCACCCCUUAAUUUUCUUCUAAUGUCGCAGAAAGAGUCAUGGGUGGGACUAAUAUCCCUGCCACAUUUUGAUUCCCCCCUUUCUCCAAGUAGCCCAGAGGGAUUUGUCAUUUUCUCCUCUCACCAACCCUGUGAACUAGAUUAGACUUGAGAGUGACUGACUGGCUUGAGGUCACCUAGUCAUCUUCAUGGCGCAGUGGGAACCGAACUCAAAUCACUCAGGUUCUAGUCUAACACUCUAACCACUACACCACACUAGCCUUCCGGCUGCUCAGAUCUCAUUGGCCCCAGCCGACAGAAAAGGAAGCAAGAAGAAGAAACUUCUGCUAGGCUGGGCUGAGGCUCGUGGUCAAUUUUGUUUAGUCUUCUGUUUCUUCUUGCCCAACACCUUCUGAAAUGUCGGGACCAGUUUUCCCAUCAAGCAUUUUGAAGCAGACUCAUACCGGUGGCUGUCUUUGGAGUAUUCUAAAUAAGGACCAAAUUCUUAAUCUCCUUAAUUAUGAUCGUUGUUGUGUAUUUGCAGGGUGGCAUGGUGGAGUUGUCUAACUUUUCCUGGGCUGUCUCUGGCAAGCUUUUCUUGGCUACUUUUGCCUUACGUUUCUCUUCCUGUCCAGGUAGGACCCAUGUCCACUCAGGACAGAAUCCUUGGGGCACUUAUAUGCCUGACUUGGGUUCUUCAAACGUUUCUCAUGUUUUUGCAGCGGUUUGGCAACAUUUGGAAGGAGUGGUUUGAAAUUUGUAGGAAACGCCAUACUAAUCCACACUUAGUCGAUGUUGACAGGUAACCCCUCUUCCCGCAGCUAUUCCUUCAAAUCUAGACUUUUCCCUGUCUUUAACGAGUCCCAAAAGCUCCCUCAGUCUCUUCCCAGCCUUGCAACCCAAUUGGUAAGGAACCCAUACAUACAACCCACAUGGCACUGAAUAUAUUCUCCCUUUGGCUUCCAAACUCCUGUUUCUGUUAAUGGAGCGUAAACAGAGCAGAGAAGUUACGCUGUGCUGAUUAAAGAGACUAAAAGUUUAUUUAAGAAAUAUAUACUUGAGAGUGAAGGAGGAGAGAUAGAGAUAGGGUCCUUGCUAUCUGACUACAUCUUGUAGAAGAGUGAAGAAGGCAGGAGAGAGAAGAAGCAGGAUAUUGCCCUGUUUAGCCCAACAGGAGGCAAGACAAGGAAAUGACCCCCAGGAAAGAAGAGAGAUGCUGCUCUCACUGUCCUAACUAAGUGAUCCUUGCUGCCCCCUGCAUGGUAGGCUCUUCUUCCCUUCUGGCUGCUGCAGUACACCAGACAUUGCAAUUUCCAACCGUUUCCUUAUGACGGUCAGGUUCUGACUAUGUUUUAUGUGUCUUCAAACCAAAGAGACUCCAUUUUAAUCUUGUCAGUAUUUUAAGUGCUUCUGUUGCAGGUGGCAAGCAGUUCACCGGAACAUCACGGAGAGAAGAGGAAGGUUAUGUCUACAACUUUCUCACCCUCGGGCCGUUUGUUUUGAGAACUGUGGGGGAGGAUGGGGCCUACAGGGGAUUGCUAUUCUGUACCAUUGCUUUUGCUUGUCAUUCGUAACAGUACUCACGUAUCAGCCAAGAUCAAUGUAUCUUGGAUAGUGGACUAUAAUGGUUGUUUAUAUUCAGUAAAUCUUUUGAAACCAAUGGACUCAUGUCUAAUU